CAGGCACUGUCACGUUCCUAGUCUCAACCAUUCGAGUAGAACUGUCAUACCGGAACAACUCAAUAAAGCUGCUUUGAUACAUGAUGACCAGACAUAUCAAACUUUUUCUUCAGUCAUGGGCUUAGAGAUGUAUCAGACCCUGAUUCAUGGUUUCAGAGUUGUUUGCCUAUUAGGCAUGGAGGGUUUGGUCUCUCCAGGAUGCAAUCAGUCACUCCCAUGGCAUUCCUAGCAGCUUGGGCUCACACGUCCCGGGAACUGUCUUUGCGGUUGAACUCUCAUGAGUUGAUUGACAACUUUUUUGAAAGACAGUCUUUUGAAGGAUCUCUCUCUCACCGUCUGUCACUAGCGUGGGCUACUAUACAAGAAUAAAUGCCAGAGAAAUCCUUAUUAAGUGAAAAAUCUCUAAGUCAAAUUCUUGAAGAUCCGGAAAAGUUACAACAUCGUUUCACGUGCACAAUGGCUGAUGAUGGUUACAAUCUUCUGUUAGGAAAAGAAAACUCACAUGAAGUUUCAGCCAGACUUAGAUCAGUCAGUGGAAAGGGAGCUGGUGCCUUCUUACAAGCAAUCCCAACGUCAAACGAGCUUGCACUAAAACCCGGCAAAUUUCGCCUAGCAGCUUGUUUACGUUUAGGGCUUCACCUUCCUUUUCAGGGAAUGCAAGAUAAGUGCGAUUGUGGGACACACCUUGACUCUUUUGGGUAUCAUCUCAUGACAUGUAAACACGGAGGAGGUCCCGUUUGGGCUCAUGACUCAAUUGUAAGCUCUUGUUCGGAAUGCUUGAAAAAGCUGGCCGUUCUCCACAAGAAAGAACCAAAACAUAGAUAUCUGAACAAUGAGGGUAGACCUGAUAUUCUCAUAUGCCACACCGGUAUUUUGUCUGAUCAGGAGAUGGAUAUUUCACUUGCCCAUCCCUGGAGUAAAGAGGUCGUCAAAAAUUGCGCCAAACUGAGUGGAUUUGCUGCAAAGAAAAGAGAAAAAAUGAAAAAUGCUAAAUAUGAUGAGAUUCUUCCAGGAGGUAGUGCACCGAAAUGCAUACCUGUAGUGUUUGAGCACUUUGGCACCUGGGGAGUUUCCACUGAGCGUCUGCUGAACACUUUAUCGCUUAAGUCCAAAGAUAAAGAAGGAAAGAACAACUCUGCUGACUUCAAGACCUACUGGAGACGUUGUUUUUCCGUUACACUGCAGAAACUAAAUGCUCGUGUGAUGAUGAAAAACUGAACAUUGUUCAAGGUGGUUCCAUUUUAGAUGAUGAACUCAGGCGUGUCUAGGCACGCCAAGAUUACUUUCUUAAGUUAGAGUUUAGGUUUGAGUUUAGUUGACAUUUUAUGUAGUUUGCGGUAUCUAUCGAAUGUCAUUGUACUAGAGAAUUGGCUAUAUCUAAUAAAUAUUCUAUC